AUUGGAUAUUGGAGUGGUGGGACUUUUAAGUACCUCGUGUUGAGGUGUCUGAGUUGGUCGUUCAACCGAAGAGAAGUAUGGUUCACGCUCACCCUUCGUCAUAUGAAUGCCUCCAUUUAAUCAGCCUCAUGUUGCUGAACCAAAGGAAAAUUGACCAAAGCACUUACUAGCGAAGGUUUGUUACCUGACUCUGACCUUGCUUGUCUGAAAACCCUAAUCCAUGGGUGAUUUGGAAGGUAAGGUGAAAGACUGUGUAUCAAAGUCAGAUGUGAAUAAUGGAGUUUAUGGCGCACAUCACAUAACUACGAAUUGCUCAUCGAAGGAGUCCAGUUCAGGAUUUAUGCUUUUAAGUGUAAAGCAUCUGUCAAAAGUGAAAAAAGGCAAACCUUCAUCGGCAAACGGUACAGAAUAUGACUUUUCCACCAAAAAGCAGGCAGGAAUGCGUACUGCAUUGCCUCUACCAAGUUUUUCUGAAGUAGGUGGUGACUUGAUGCUUCCGAGUUCUUCAUACGAUGCUGCACGUGACGUUUACGCUUCCGGGUCUAUAGAAGCCGAGGAAUUCGAAGAUUUCGAAGACCCAGAGGAUGAUACUGACCUGGCUGAUGAUGAGAAUCUAAUAAAUCACAUAAGCAAUGCCCAUAAAUGUUGCAAUACUCUUCCUUAUUCAGUUCUACCGGUUAGUUCAUCGAGUGUCGUCGACUCUUGUCAGCUCCAUUCUCCUAUCGGAUCACAAUCGUCUGCAAAGUCUUUAAACGGUCAUUCCCAACCACAGGAUUCUCUGGAUGAUGUUUCUAGUAAGAGAUCUUCAUUUGCUUUCCAUGAUGGUUACCGACAACAGCAUUCGAAUCGACUGCUCUCUCCCAUAUUAAUUUCUUCGUUUGAUCAAUUUGUGAAAUUAAAUUACCUACAGCCUUUCCAGAGUAAAUGCAUUUAUCCAGCAUAUCCCAGCGAUCCGCAUCAUCCAGGUUCGCUAAGUUCAGCCGACUCAGACAUUAUAUAUUCAUCGCGAUCACCGAUUCCUUACGAUAAGUACUCCAUCUCCUUUGGACAAAACUAUCAAAAUAAUUGCCACUUGACUGAUCAACGGAUAAUUACUGAUUCCCAAGAUUUUCCAAUAGUUUCUGAUGUAUCACAGUUGUCGAAUUCCGUAUGCACCAUGGCAAAUCAUAACUAUCCUGACCUGCCCAAUACUUCAGAUUGGAUGAAAUUCUCCAGUGUACUGAACCCUCCUUAUAAUAUUGGCUUAUCCCCUCGUUCAAGACACGGAAGUUACACUCAAACUCCAGUAACAUGUUUGCACCACUUGCAUCCAUCAACAACAGAUGACACAACAUCAACUGCCUCCGCUAAAAGUCACCUAACAUCAGACGUCGUUGCUAUGACCACAGCAUCGCUUCCACCCUUACAACCAGCCUCGAGAUUUCGCAAGGCUCGCAUACAUGAAACAGUAGAACAGUGGUCUUGCGGUCGUGUUUCCGCACAUGACUGCCACCUGAAGGCCAUUCCUGACUGGGUUAGUGAACUUCAGAAAAAGUCAUUUGUUUGCGAAGAAGCUGAUGCGACCUUGGCGAAUAAGAAAAUAAAAUGUUUAUCCUGUUUCAUACCAAAAAAUGAGGAUACAAAUGCAACUUUGCUCUCCCGAUUCGCCAAAGGUUUUGCACAUCUUGGAAUCUCUUUUGAUCCUUGUUCCAUAAAUAAUCACCAGGAAUUGGAAGAUCGACCAAAUAUUUUGAGCCAUGGGUCUUCAGGAAGUAAUCUGUUUUCAUUUUGGAACGAUGGUCUUCGUGUUUGCUAUCAAAUUCCUUUUUCCCGUAUUCAUAUGCGCCACUCGGAACCAAGUCACGAUACUUGUGAUAGUUGUGAAAGUACUAUUCAAGAAAAUGUUGAAUCUGAAUACAAAGAAAAAUCUGCGUCCCCGCUAAGUGGUCACAAUGGACAUGACCUGAACGCACUUUCGUCGUUGAGCAAAAAUGGAACCAAUGAGGGAAACACUGGAAUUACAGGUGAUUCUACCAUUCUUUUGAAUGCUACUGAUCCUGCCACCGCGUAUCUGCGCCGACAGCAUAUGGGCACUGAAAUUGAUGGGGACAAGUUGUCAGUCGUUGCAGAUUUGGAACAACACAGUGACAAUUCUAUUAUUGCAUCUACUGCUGAGCAACCUUUGAAAAAAGUAACUGCUCAUCAGUCAGAUUUAACUAACGCAGACUCAAAGACGCCUAACCAUUGCUUUGAUGAGUCUAGUCGUUCUCCUAUCCAAAAAGUGUGUUUUUGUAGAUUUUCAAGUACGCCUUCAAGUAAUAUCCCUCCAAUUGAUCCUAACACAGACUUCAUUGCCAAAAAAACUAAUCGAAUUCCUCUAGAACUGCAGAUUUCGUCUGAAAUUUCAAAGUCUAAGCUUCGCUUAUUAAAUUUAAUUCCUAGUGAUGAAGACAAAGUAGGAUCUGGUCAGACAAAGACUGAUCCUUUUAUUUCUAGUGUACAGGACUUCAUGAGUAAAGAUCCCAGUCUGAUGAGUAAACAUGAACUCUGUGACAAAUUUCCGAUAACUCACAUUUCUACGGGAGGCUUCACCGAACCAAUUUCACCGAAAAAUGUUAGAUCUCGCUUUCGUCCCGGCAAUCGUCGUUCAAAAAGCUUUGAUGAUGGCUUCUGUGCCAGUCGUUUGGAUCGUAUGAAAAAUAGGUUGUGUAAUUCUGAUAUUGUAAAAAGGGCUUGUGCACCUUUAACUGUGGACGAUCUAACCAGUGCUACAUCGUCCAAAGCUCUUAAAUUUCCCACUGGUUUUGCAAGUGAAGUAGAAUAUUGUCAGAAUCCCAGGACUUCUUCUCUACUGUCUGAUCGUCUUGAAGCUCGAAUACGUGCGAGUAUGGAGGCGAUUCGUUCGACUCUAGUUAAUAGCUUUCGUGACGAAUUAGCAAAUGUGCUUUCAGAAAAUGUCAGUUUACGCUCAGAAAUAACUCGAUUGAAUUCUGAGUUAACACUUCUUCGGAGUUAUAAACAUGCGUUUUUUGCUAUUCGACCUUUUAUCUCACCGGGUUUAUGGGAAAAUAUCUGUAUUCAACACGGCUUGCCUGUAUCAUCUCUCAUGAACGAUUCAGACUGUCAAUCAUCUUGCGAUGCUUAAGUUUCUCGGUAAACAAAAAAAAGUGAAUGGCGAUCAAAGUUUAGCAUUGCUAUCAGUCAAUCAGUCGAUGGAGUUUAUUAACAUUCAUUCAUCGAUUGACCGUGUGCAAUAUUUUUUCUUGAGGCUUAAUAGCUCUCAAAAGUCCUGAUCUCAUUGCUAUGAGCAAAAUGUGGAGAUUGUCUCAGCUAUCUGUUUACUCUCUGUACACCAUCUUUUACUCUUCUUCCUCGUUUCUUGAUCAUUUUCAGUUCAUUUAACCUGGUUGACUCGUACCUUGAAAUUUCCAGACAUAAAUAGUUGUUUCUAGUACGAAGUCCUCAGUCCUGAAUUUUCUUCUUUGUUCAUUUUCUAAUCAUAUGUUCACUAGGUUCUUUCAUUCCCAUCACGACCGGUCGGUGUUGAACUUGCCUACUUUUAUCUAAACUUUUUGUCAGAUGUACCUGAAGUAUAGGCCUGAUCUGUGAUUUUUGAAAGCCUAUUGUGAUGUUCCCGUUUCUGUAUAAAGGCAAGCUUGUAUAGUUAUUUUAUGUGAAGUGCUUUGUAGCGUCUUCAUGUUAUUUCCAGUUAUAUCUUUCUCUCUGCUUCGCUUGUUUUGGCUCUCAGAAAGCGUGCUGUAGAAUAAUAUUCAAUAUUUGUUUAUAAUGCAUGCGUUCAAGGAGAAAAUUUGAAAUUUAACGAUUUGCAUUGUGUUUCUUAUCCUACACUCCUUGAUUUUGCCUUUUGUUGAGACUUUUUUAAAAAGAUUCUCUUUAUUUUCUGUACUUUGAUUAAAUUUCAUUCCUGGUGAGGUUGGUUUUUUUGGUCCCCUUAAUAGAUUUUUUCAUGUCACAGUGUAAUCAUGAAUUUAUUUACAAACUUUAUUAGCGCAUCAUUGCUUUCUGUCAUCACCAGUUUCAGUGUGGAUAACUUACAUUCCUGAAAUAUUAAAACUCAAAUAGUUCUCUUUUAAACUCAGAUGCUUUCUAUCUGAAUGAAUAUGCAUUUGUGCCUACGAAUGAAUAUGGUUGAUGCUAGAUUUUUCGGUGUUUGUUUUGGAUUUCAUUUUAUUGUUAGGUUGUACUUCUGUUGUUUAGCUUCAUGUAUUUUUAUUUUUCGAGUCAGUCAGACUUGAUAGAUUCUAUUCAUUUGUAGGUCAUAUUCUGUAGAAAAAAGUAAUUAAGAUUGAUGUCAUGCGCUAGUCUUUUAUCACUAAAAUUCACUGUAAAUAAUUUUUGCGUUGUCUGUGAUUAUACUGUACAUAUGCACAAAAUUGUAAACUAGAUGGUAAACCUUCAGUUAACGUGUGGUUCUCUAAAGACUUUCAACCAGUCAUUCACGUGUUGAUGCACUAUGAUCGAUUUUAAAACAGCUGCAAAUGUUGACUAUUUAGGAAUUCAUGCGUCUCCGUUGUCAGUCAGCUGUAAUUUACAUCUUAUGACUUAGUAGCACUAAACGUAUUCUCAAAUUCAUACGUUAUAUAUACUACUCAGCAAAUCAGUGCAUAAAGUAAUCAGUCGUAAUAAAAUUAUUCACUU